GCCAAGCUCGUGGUCUACGCUGUGCAUAUUGCUCCUUAUAUACAUAUAUUUACUCCAAGUCUUGACCAAAAUAGUGUUAUUUCGUGAGACUUGUUAUAACAGCUAGUUUUUUCUGAAUAGUUGGACAAUGGCAGGGGAGGGUGUCGAGGACACUUUCAGAGAGAAUGAUAGCGAGUUGGGGGACUGGCAGCUAACGCUUGCAUUUACGAGCCCUCGGCACAUGGAGAAGAUAGAAGGAACUAAAUCUGUGACGCAGACAUGGAGAAUGAAAGAAAGGAUGAAGACUGUAAGUGUGGCCUUGGUGCUUUGCCUCAAUGUUGGUGUGGACCCACCAGACACUGUGAAGACUACACCCUGUGCAAGACUGGAGUGCUGGAUAGACCCUCUUUCAAUGAGUCCGCAGAAGGCUCUGGAAGCCAUAGGCACCAACCUCCAGAAACAGUAUGAACGCUGGCAACCCAGGGCCAGGUAUAAGCAGAGCUUGGACCCCACUGUAGAUGAAGUGAAGAAGUUGUGCACAUCUCUCAGACGAAAUGCCAAAGAUGAGAGAGUGCUCUUUCAUUAUAAUGGUCAUGGUGUGCCCAGACCUACAGUGAAUGGAGAGAUAUGGGUUUUUAAUAAGAGUUAUACACAGUAUAUACCCCUGUCAGUCUAUGACUUACAGACUUGGAUGGGGAGUCCUUCAAUAUAUGUCUAUGACUGCUCCAAUGCUGGCAUCAUUCUGGAUUCUUUUAAACAGUUCUCACAGCAAAGAGAACAAGAAGGAGAUACGAGUUCUCGACAAUCUGCUGCCAACAACAAUUUUAGUUCACCAUCAACCAUGUUGUCUGCAGCGGCAGUGAAGAGCUGCAUACAGCUGGCAGCCUGUGGGCCAACAGAGCUCCUGCCUAUGAACCCAGAACUUCCAGCCGAUCUUUUUACUUCUUGUCUAACUACACCCAUCAAAAUUGCCCUUAGAUGGUUUGUAUUACAAAACACAGCCAAACUAGUACCUAGUAUAUCUAUGGAGCUAGUUGACAAGAUUCCAGGCCAGUUGAAUGACCGUAGGACUAUGCUUGGAGAGCUGAACUGGAUAUUUACUGCAAUAACUGAUACAAUAGCUUGGAAUGUCCUUCCUAGGGAGUUGUUCCAGAAACUGUUUCGCCAGGACCUCCUCGUGGCAAGUUUAUUCCGUAACUUUCUGCUGGCAGAGAGAAUCAUGAGAGCUUAUAAUUGCACCCCUGUCUCGGCGCCCAGGCUGCCUCCUACCUACCAACACCCAAUGUGGCAAGCAUGGGAUCUGGCCCUAGACUUGUGUCUGUCACAACUGACGGGGAUUUUGGAUGAAAGCAGCACAUUUCAGCACAGUCCAUUCUUUGCGGAGCAGCUCACAGCAUUUCAGGUGUGGCUGUCAUAUGGUUCAGAGCUGAGGAGUCCACCUGAACAACUUCCCAUUGUGCUUCAGGUGUUGCUGAGUCAAGUCCAUAGAUUACGAGCUCUGGAUCUCUUGGGAAGGUUUCUGGACCUGGGUUCCUGGGCAGUCAGUCUUGCCUUGUCAGUUGGUAUAUUUCCGUAUGUGCUGAAACUACUUCAGAGCUCAGCCAGGGAGCUGAGGCCACUGUUAGUGUUCAUAUGGGCCAAGAUAUUAGCUGUGGACAAGUCUUGUCAAGCAGACCUUGUAAAGGAUAAUGGCCACAAAUAUUUCCUGUCAGUUCUAGCAGAUCCUUACAUGCCAGCAGAACAUCGAACCAUGGCAGCAUUUGUCCUGGCAAUGAUAGUGAACAAGUACCAGCCUGGCCAGGAAGCCGCUAUGCAGGGGAAUUUGAUCUCGAUCUGCCUGGAACAGCUGGACAGUUCCAAUGCUCAGCUAAGACAAUGGCUGGCACUGUGCCUGGGCAAGAUCUGGACCAACUUUAGUGCAGCCAGGUGGUGUGGAGUGAGGGACAGUGCCCAUGAAAAACUGUAUACUUUACUGAAUGACAAAACCCCAGAGGUGCGGGCUUCCACGGUCUAUGCACUGGGCACUUUCAUCACCAGCACCCAUGAGAGGACAGACCACGCUAACAAUGUGGAUCACAAUGUUGGGAUGAUGCUUCUUACCAUUGUACAAGACGGGAGCCCACUGGUCAGAAAGGAGUUGGUAGUGGCACUAGGUGGACUGGUCCAGCAGUUUGAGACCCAGUUUUCUGCUGUGGCCUACCAGUUCAUAGAAGAGGAAAGACAGAGAGACCAGCAACAUUAUGCCACAGUGUCUGCAGCCCCAGGGGGGUGGAAUGUCGGGAACCAUCCCCUGGGGUUACAUAGUACAGGUUUCUAUAGUGUUAACCCAGCCCCUGCUCCAGGUCUAAGGCAUUCUGGCUCUGCAGGCAACUUGAAAAAAUUGGCUGUGAGUCCCAUCAUGAGCUACAACAGCAGUCCCAGCAGCAGCUUUGAGAGCUCCGGCAACUUGGACAGUCUGGGAAUGGACCGCCUGAGAAGGACCAGUUCCAACACCAACAUCAGCUCCAUAGUGUCAGGGCAUGGGAAUGUGUACGGUAACAUCUGGAAAUGUCUGCUCCAGCUUUCCAUGGACCCGUUUAAGGAGGUGGCCGACCUGGCCAAAACUGUGGUUGAUGCCAUUAAUACAAAGGCUACCAUAGGUGCACGUCCUCGCCCUGUAGGCCCCAGUAAUGGCAAGCAUCAGGCCAGCCACUCGGCCCCCUCCAGUCCAUCUGGGAAGGCAUCAGCCCACAUGACUACAAACACUGAGAACUCACCUGUGAAAGGAUUUCAGACUGGUGCUAGCCCGCCAAUCAAUAUGAGAGGGGGUGGAGACCCUAGGAGUCCUGGGGCCUUGACCCUGGGGCAGCAGUACCAGUACUCUGCUCAGUACUCCAGAACCAGAAAACUGUUUGACAAAGGUCCAAUUGUGGAAGAAUCGGAUGAAGAAGUAACAAGUCCUACCUCUGGGAACUCUCCAACCAAAGAGCAGAUAGUUUCUACAGAGUUCUUUGACUGGUGCUGCAAAAGAUUUGCUCAGCCAAUCAUGAAAGCUGGGGAUGAAACUGAGGCCGAUAGCGAGUCUUAUUUAGAACGAGAGUAUCGCUACAUGAGGAAUGGCUGCAUCAGGAGAGAGGCCAGAGAGGAGCAGGAAAGAGCAGGUUUUAAUCGUGUAGAUGAUCAAGUGUUUAUUAACAAAAACCUUGGCAGUCCUUCUGUGAUAAAAUUCCACCCUUAUGAACCCCACUUGGCUGUGGCAGACAAGGAAGGUGUCAGCAUUUGGGAAUGGGAGCAAGGCACUAGGCUCAACUACUUUUUUAACACAAACCCUAAACACAGCAGAAUCACCUCCAUGGAUUUUGUCAAUGGCCAUGACAAAGCUCUGCUGUUAAUGGGAUCAGAUGAUGGUGCUGUGAGACUGUGGCGUAACUACAGUGGAGAAUUGGAAGAAGGAACUCAGGAGAUGGUCACAGCAUGGCAGGCAUUAUCUGACAUGCUGCCCUCAACUAGAGGUUCUGGUCUUGUGCUGGACUGGCAGCAGGAGUCUGAGAAGUUGCUGGCUUCUGGAGAUGCCAGAAUUAUCAGGAUAUGGGACACACAGAGUGAGCUCAAAGUACAGGAUAUCCCAACUGGUGCUGAUAGCUGUGUUACCAGCCUUGCAAGUGAUAGUGCCAGAAGUUCUCUAGUCAUUGCAGGAUGUGGAGAUGGGUCUGUGAGGCUUUAUGACAGGAGGCUAUCACCUACAGAAUGGUACAUUUUCAGUACAAAUAAGCUCACUGAGAACUCACCUGUGAAAGGAUUUCAGACUGGUGCUAGCCCGCCAAUCAAUAUGAGAGGGGGCGGAGACCCUAGGAGUCCUGGGGCCUUGACCCUGGGGCAGCAGUACCAGUACUCUGCUCAGUACUCCAGAACCAGAAAACUGUUUGACAAAGGUCCAAUUGUGGAAGAAUCGGAUGAAGAAGUAACAAGUCCUACCUCUGGGAACUCUACAACCAAAGAGCAGAUAGUUUCUACAGAGUUCUUCGACUGGUGCUGCAAAAGAUUUGCUCAGCCAAUCAUGAAAGCCGGGGAUGAAACUGAGGCCGAUAGCGAGUCUUAUUUGGAACGAGAGUAUCGCUACAUGAGGAAUGGCUGCAUCAGGAGAGAGGCCAGAGAGGAGCAGGAAAGAGCAGGUUUUAAUCGUGUAGAUGAUCAAGUGUUUAUUAACAAAAACCUUGGCAGUCCUUCUGUGAUAAAAUUCCACCCUUAUGAACCCCACUUGGCUGUGGCAGACAAGGAAGGUGUGAGCAUUUGGGAAUGGGAGCAAGGCACUAGGCUCAACUACUUUUUUAACACAAACCCUAAACACAGCAGAAUCACCUCCAUGGAUUUUGUCAAUGGCCAUGACAAAGCUCUGCUGUUAAUGGGAUCAGAUGAUGGUGCUGUGAGACUGUGGCGUAACUACAGUGGAGAAUUGGAAGAGGGAGCUCAGGAGAUGGUCACAGCAUGGCAGGCAUUAUCUGACAUGCUGCCCUCAACUAGAGGUUCUGGUCUUGUGCUGGACUGGCAGCAGGAGUCUGAGAAGUUGCUGGCUUCUGGAGAUGCCAGAAUUAUCAGGAUAUGGGACACACAGAGUGAGCUCAAAGUACAGGAUAUCCCAACUGGUGCUGACAGCUGUGUUACCAGCCUUGCAAGUGAUAGUGCCAGAAGUUCUCUAGUCAUUGCAGGGUGUGGAGAUGGGUCUGUGAGGCUUUAUGACAGGAGGCUAUCACCUACAGAAUGCCGCGUGAUGACACUACGGGAGCACACAGGGUGGGUGGUCAAGGUGUUCCUUCAGAAAGGUGCCGAUGGAAAAAUCAUCAGUAGUAGCGUGGCUGGUGACGUGCGAUUCUGGGAUCCAAGGUUCACGGAAUCUGUGAACACAAUACAGAUGCAGCAAGGUUUGACGUCACUGGAGGUACAUCCUGUAGCAGAUGUGUUAGCGUGUGGCUCAGUAAACCAGUAUAUCACAGUGUUUAACAAGUCUGGUGACAAUCUCAGUACUAUCAAGUAUCAUGAUGGCUUCAUGGGGCAGAGGAUAGGACCCAUUUCAUGCAUGGCUUUUCAUCCUCACAGGGUAAAACUUGCUGCUGGCAGUACGGACUCAUUUGUGUCAGUGUAUUCAACACCAGACACCAAGAAGAGAUAACACAGCAAAAAGGGAAAUGCUUUUCCAUGUCACUGCACUAUGUAGUGGGGAUUAUUGAUAUAGGAUCCACAAAGGACUGGGGACAAGUAUGGGAAAAGGACAUUGCCUAAAUCAGGUGCUUAUCAAGUAAAAGAGCAAGGACAUGUGCCAAUAUUGUUUACACACUGCAGCUUCUCCAGAGGUUGAAAUGUCAGCAUGCAGCUGUGGUGCAAUUGAGUAAACACUGAUUUUCUAUGUGUUGCCUAGCUUUCCAGUCUUUUUGAACUUGGGAAAUGGUUAGACAAAUUGAAUUGUAAAAGUUUGUGUACAUAUGGCAUGUGCCAUCUCUUCACACAAGUUGUGGAUUCAUAAGACAUGCUAACUGCACAACUGCUGAAGUCUGCUAUUUCAAGGUUUCCUUUCAGGGUCAUCUCACCACUUAAGCUGCAUACGUGUCAAUGGAAGUCAUCACUGGAUAAUUUAUCACUGUAUCACUAUAAUUAUCAUUGUUCAGCGUUUAGACUUAGUACAUGUAACACUGCCAGUUGCUAAUGGCAAGUAACCAAAUCAUUCUGUCAGGUAUUCUGGUCAUUUUUGGAGGAUCUUCUCAGCAGGACUGUGUGUAUAAUUCUGUUGAUUACACUUGUUGUUACAUAUACCCCAAGUCUUUUUGCAAUUGACUCCCAGUUUGGGCUGUCAACUGAUAGGCUGACACAUAGAUGCUGCAGUCACAUCAAGGGCAGAUUCAUCGUAAUUCUAGGCUGUCAGUCUUAUAAAAAAUUGGAACAUGUUUGUGAUUGUGAUUGGAUACAUGGUUUUUGCUCAGCGUUCACUUGUCCAGUUGUAAUCCAAACACUCAUGAGAUUGUGUGUGAUGGUGGAUAAGUAUCUGUAACAAGACCCAGGAGGAAGAUGGGAGGUCAACUGCAUGUUCUAGUGGUCAGGGGUUGAAUGGAAGUUGUGAACACUGUCACCUUCUCUGCUCCUUGUUGCAGUAGGAAAAAUGAUAUUUAUAUGCCAAAAUUGCAUUUUGUUUUCAUCAGAUUGCCAGAUAUGGUGAAUUUUGCC